AUGAUUGUUCUUUUACUUUUUGUUUCAUAUUGCAUUGCUGGUAAUGGUGUUAAUGUAAAAAAUCAAUUACUUUUAAUGCCAUAUCCAACAACCGUCAAUGCACAAUUUGGAAGAAAUGAUUGUGUUGAAGCAACAUCAAAUAUUAAAAUGGUAUUAUCAAAUAAUUGUCAAAGUGACCCUAACUGUUUAUCAUUUAUGACAUUCAAUUUUAAUCAUACAAUUACUUAUCCAUUACAAAGACAAAGAAAUCUUGAUGAUUUUAGAGUUUCAAUUUUUGCACCAAUUGAUAUAGAAGAAAUGAAAGGAGAUAUUGUAUAUUCAGCAAAUACAGUUAAUAUUGAAUUAACAGGAAAUAGUAUUGAAGAAAUUUAUCCAACACUUAAAAUUGGAAAUGAUGAAAGUUAUUCAUUAGAUAUUACAAAAGAAGGAAUUAAAAUUAGUGCAACAACAGUUUAUGGAGCAAGAUUAGGAUUAGAAACAUUAAUUCAAUUAUUAAGACCAUAUCAAGGGAAAUAUAUUAUUAAACAUAUACCAAUUAUGAUAGAAGAUAAACCAAGAUUACAAUGGAGAGGAUUAAUGAUUGAUACAGCUAGAAAUUCAUUUUCUAGAAGUACAUUUGUAAAAAUUAUUAAUGCAAUGGCAGCAAUUAAAGCAAAUGUAUUACAUAUUCAUUUAAGUGAUGCACAAACAUUUAUGUUUGAAUCAAAAGAAUAUCCAGAAUUAAGUAAAAAAGGAGCAUUUUUCCAAAAUAAAGUAUUAACACAAGCAUUUAUUAAACAAUUAGUACAAUAUGGAGCUAAAAGAGGAAUUAUAGUAUAUCCAGAAAUUGAUACACCAGCACAUACAGCAUCAUGGAAUGCAGGAUAUCCAGGAGUAGUUGCAGAUAUUUGGGAUUAUAUUGUUAGUAGUUCAAUGAGAUAUGGAGAAAAUGUAUUAGCAUUAAAUCCAGCAAAUGAAAAAACAUUUAGUAUAAUUGAUGCAUUAAUGAAAGAAAUGGGAGAAGUAUUUGGAAAUGAAUAUGUUCAUUUUGGAGGAGAUGAAGUUUGGACAGGAGCAUGGUCAAAAGCAAAAGAAUAUCCAGCAAUAAUAGAAUGGAUGAAUAAUAAAGGAAUUAAUACAUUAAAAGAAUUAGAAGCAUAUUUUAAUAAAUAUGCACAAGAACAAAUUAUUAAAAAUGGUAAAACACCAGUUUGUUGGGAAGAAGUUUAUCAAAAAGGAAGUGCAGAUAAAAAAACUAUUAUUCAAGUAUGGAAUAAUGUUAAUUUAUUAAAAGAAGCAGCAACAGCAGGUUAUAAAGUUAUUUUAUCAGCAGGAUAUUAUUUAGAUAUGCAAAUGCCAUUAUGUAGUGAUUAUGUAGAAAAUAGUUGUACUAAUCCAAAUCAUAUGUGGGUAUGGACAAAUAGAGAUAUGUAUAGAAAUGAUCCAAUUAAAGACUUAGAUUAUGCUACUAAACAAAAUGUAUUAGGAGGAGAAGCAUGUUCAUGGGAUGAAAAUGCUGAUGAACAAAAUUUCUUUGAUAGAGUUUUCCAACGAUUCUCUGCUGUUGCAGAAAGAUUUUGGAGUUCAGAAGAUAUUACUGAUCCUGAAAGUCAUGAAGUCCGUGCAAAUUAUGUAAGAUGUCUUGGUUUAAGAAGAAACUUCUUAAAAGGAACUGGUCCACUUUAUCAUUCAUAUUGUCAACUUCCUGAAGACAUCUAA